GGGAUACAAAGUGAAAAGUCAUCGACUGAACAAGGGAAAAUUUCUAAUCUAUAUAAAGCUUCAAAGUCGCUUCUUCGUAUUCUUCUUCAAGAGGUUUUUCAACUUUCUAUUUUUAAAUAAAAACUUCAUGAUGAAGACUGGCUCAACUUUUUCAACCGGGACUUUACUCGUGCUUUUAGCUAGUCAGCUAGUUGUUGAAGCUGCUCCGGCUCCUAUUGAAUAUGUCACUGUUUACCAAACUGCAACUGCAACUGCUAAUGGUGAUGGUACUUACGAUACUUUUAUUGAUCCUACUUCUACUUCGGCAACAGUGGCUGCUGCAUCCACCACUGAAGCCGCAACUAAUGCAGCUGCUACUACCUCUGAUUCAUCUAGUUCAAGUACUAGUGGCUGGAGCUUGGAUAAAUUACUUUCCAAUGGUUAUAUUGAGAAAUGGCUUUCCAAGUUUACCGGCUCCAGAUCUUCUUCUUCAUCCUCAUCUAAUACUGGAUCAACCACUACCACCUCUCAAUACCACGGAUUCUUAUGGUCUCUUUUACAUGGAGGUGAUUCAUCUUCGACCUCAGUCACCUCUGCCACCUCCACUCCAACCAGCACCUCAACCCCAGCUUUUACCACUUCUGACACCGAAUCCCCUACCGAAACAACGUCAGUUUCGACUUCAACUUCAUCUUCAUCUUCCUCAAGUGGUGAUGUCUACGCCGCAUUUUCCGAUUGCGAUGAUCUUGACGAACUGUUUGCCAAAGAUAUCUUAGAUGCUCACAAUAAAUACAGGGCUUUACAUGGCUCAGGUGACUUAUCGUGGGACGUCGAUACUUAUAAUUACGCCAAAAAUAACGCCGACAAUUAUGACUGCUCAGGAGUCUUAACCCAUACUCAUGGUGAGUAUGGUGAAAACUUGGCUGCAGGUUAUCAAACCGGUUCUUCUGCAGUUAAGGCUUGGUAUGAUGAAGGUGAAUCUUAUAAUUACAACCUGGCAAAUACUUAUGACCAUUUCACCCAAGUUGUUUGGAAAGGAUCCACCAAAGUUGGUUGUGCUUACAAAGAUUGUUCAGCAGAAGGCUGGGCUAAAUAUAUUGUUUGUGAAUACGAUCCAGCAGGUAAUAUCAUUGGCCAAAACAAAGCUAAUGUCUUACCAAGCUAAACGAAAAAUGGGAUAGGUUUUUAAAUUUUUUGGGAAAUUCAUGGUUUUCUAGAAUCUAAUAGCCUUCCCUCUUGAUAAUUCCUUCAACUAAAAGUAUAAUUUUAAAAUACCUUAUAUUUAUUUCCUCGGUUUCUUAUUUUCAAAACUAUGAUUACACUUCAGUUCUUCUAUUAACGACUUUUCAAAUUUAUUACCAACUAUAAUGCCCAGCUUGAUUUUCAUUCGUUUAUUAAUUCU